AUGGAGCGCAAACUGUCGCAAAAGGCCCAAAAGAUGCGCCAACGCUUCAGCUUCCGGGGUCGCACCCGGGCGGCCACCCUCACGGCGCCCAGCACCAGCACGACUACUCUCAACCACCGGCCUCGAUCAGCCACCACGUCCGUCUCUCAACCCGAUUGGGACUCUGUUGAUACCUUGCGCUGCUAUCAAUUCAUCGACGAGCCUGGCUACUUCCGCCCGGUCUCGCCCAUUCUCGACCGCCAAACCCUGGAAGAAGACAUGGAGGAUGAUCUGAAACACGCCUGCUCGCUGCUUGUCCAGAGCAUCGACCGUGGCUUGCCCGUAUGGCCCUCUGCACAGCCAUCGCACCCCGACCCGCAUCCAUUCUCCCUGUACCGCUACCAGGGCGCCAGCCUGUCCCCACGAGCCCUAGACCUGGCCACGCCGGCCACGCCGCCCUCUCCCCUCACUCACCCUAACGCCGCCUCUGUCCCUGGUGCCCGCUUCUAUGGCACCCGCCUGUCCACUUCUCCCCUCGAAGAAGACGAAAAUGAGCCCCGUGGCCGUAGUCGCAGCCGCAGCGUCUCAUCCAUUGGCACCACCCCGCGCUCCCGCUCCUUCUCCCCCGAAAUGUUCCCCUACAGUCCGCCCCUCGCCCACGCACCCUGGGCCUCCGCCGACAUCCUCUUUGCCGACCAGGACCCAGAAGACCAUCCGCUCGGCCCGAAAGCUCAGGAUUGGCUCUCCGCGACUAUGGACGUCGACACUCCCAUAAAACCCGUCGUCAGCGUGGCCCCGCGCCGCUUCUACAGCACCCGCCAGCGUCACAAGCGCGUGUCGCGCGCGCACAGCCGCACCCCGAGCCUGUACGGCUCGCGCGCCUCGGUCAGCAGCGACGAGGCAGAUCGCCCCGACUUCGACGUCCGCUUGUGGUCCGGCCCGGAGCGCGCAUUCUACUCCGUCGCGGGGCCCGGCGAACCGCGCAAGCGCAAGCGGCGCGCAUCGCAUCUGUGGCGCAAAUUGGCUGGGCUUGGAGGGCGGCGGCGGGUGGAUUGA